CACAGACAGACUGACAGACAGAAGCAAGGGGAGAGGAAGCCCGAGGCAGGGGUGCAGCUGGCUGUGGAGACGCCGGCCCCGCCCACUACUCGCCCUCUGUGGCCGUGUGGCUCAGUGACACGGACACCCCCGUUUCCUCACCAUGCAGAACCCCCCACGGCCCCAAGGACGCAGACACCCACCACAGACGUCACCUCAGCCCCCUAGAAGGUUCAAGAAGGCCCAAGCACGGUCCGCUGAACCUUGGUAUGAAAGUGCCCGGACUUGCCCGGAAUUGAGCAACUCGGCCCAGCACCCCCCGAGCGCCACCAGGGGUCCAGAUCCUUGCAAGGACCGGUUGGUUUUCAGUGCCACCGACUUGACCGGCCCGUUUGGGGGCUCACUGACCCCCGAGCACCUUGGGGGCAGACGCGCCUUUCCCAGAUGUGAUUUCCUGAGUCUCGGAGAUUCGCCAAGGCUCACUGCCAUGAUGUUGGUUUCAUCUCUCCCUCUCCCUCUCUCUCUCUCCCUCUCUGUCUCUCUCCAUCUAUGUCUCUGUCUCUCCAUCUCUCUCUCCCUCUUUCUCUGUCUCUCUCUCCCUAAUUCUCUCUCUCCAUCUCUUUCCCUCUCUCUCUCCAUCUCUCCAUUUGUCUCUCUCCACCUCUGUCUCUCUCCACCUCUCUCCCUCUCUCUUCAUCUCUCCAUCUCUCACUCUCUCCCUUUCUGUCUCUCUCCAUCUCUCUCCCUCUCUCUCUUUCUCUCCCUCUGUCUCCAUCUUUUUCUGUCUCUCUCCAUCUCUCUCCAUCUCUCCAUCUGUCUCCAUCUCUCCAUCUCUCUUCAUCUCUCUCUCACUUUCUCUGUCUCUCUGUCUCUCUCCAUCUCUCACUUUCUCUGUCUCUCUCCAUCUCUGUCUCCAUCUCUCUCCAUCAUUCUCUCUCCCUUUCUCUGUCUCUCUCCAUCUGUCUCCAUCUCUCACUUUCUCUGUCUCUCUCCAUCUCUCACUUUCCCUGUCUCUCUUCAUCUCUCUCCAUCACUCUCUACCUUUCUGUCUCUCUCCAUCUCUCUCUCCCUCUCUCUUUCCAUCUCUCUUCCUCUCUGUCUCCAUCUCUUUCUCUCUCCAUCUGUCUCCAUCUCUCUCUGUCUCCACCUCUCUCCAUCUCUCCAUCUCUCUUCAUCUCUCACUUUCUCUGUCUCUCCAUCUCUCUCCAUCUCUUUCUCACUUUCUCUGCCUCUCCGUCUCUCCAUAUCUCACUCUCCCUUUCUCUCUCUCUCUCCCUUUCUCUGUCUCUGUCUCUCUCUUUCCCUCCCCCCCUCCGUCCCUCCUUCUGCCUCAGUUCAGGAUGCUCCCGGAGCCCAGGAAAGCCACAGGGUACCACCAGUAGGAUGUCAUGUGCUCCCAAUGGCUCUGGAGCCACAUCCAGUGCUCAGGGAUCACUCCAGGUGGGGCAGGGGGAGACCAGAUGUGGAGUCGGGGAUGGAACCUGGGUCUGCCUUGUGCCAGGACCCCCCUCCCCCCGUGCUGUCUCUCCUGCCCCCGUGCUGUCUCUCCUGCCCCCGGGCUGAGUGCUCUAACGCACAGGAGGGUGCAAAGAGCAGGAACACAAGCCAGGUAUGGAAAAGACACACACACACACACACACACACACACACACACACACGCAUGUCACCCGUCCCCACUCCCCGCACCCCUCCGGUUUCCGGGGAGGGGAGGCGCACCCCGUUUGUAGCACAAACACGGGCAAAUCUGUGGAGGACCCCCCCGCCCACGAAGUAGCACAUUAUUUUAUUUUAUUUUUGCUUCUCGGGUCCCACCCGGCGAUGCUCAGGGCCGACUCCUGGCUCUGCGCUCAGGAAUUACUCCCUGGCGGUGCUCAGGGGACCCUAUGGGAUGCUGGGAAUCGAACCCGGGUCGGCCGCGUGCCAAGCAAACGCCCUCCCCCUGCCCAAAGUUGCGAACUAGCGUGAAGUUGGCUGGUAAGUGUGGAGUGGAGACAGGGGCUGAGAACACAAGGGGGAUAUUAUCAGCCACAGGGGGA